AUGAAGACCUCAACUCAACAACUCUUGUCCAUUCUCCUCCUUCCUCCCUCCGUCUUUGCCGCUCCAACAGGUUCCAUCGAAGCUAGAGCAUGCUCAGACGUAACGGUCAUCUUUGCCCGUGGAACGACUGAGAUUGGAACUCUUGGUACUGUAGUCGGACCACCUUUCCUCUCCGCUCUCAAAUCUGCUCUUGGGUCAUCUUCAGUCACCAUGAAUGGUGUCAACUAUCCAGCAGAUAUUCCAGGCUUUUUGCAAGGAGGUGAUCCUACUGGCAGUAAGACUAUGGCCUCAAUGGUCACAUCAACCUUAUCCAGCUGCCCAGACACAAAAGUCGUCAUCUCUGGUUACUCACAAGGCGGUCAACUCGUACACAAUGCCGCCAAACUUUUACCAGCCGACACAACAGCUAAAAUCAGCUCUGCCGUUAUCUUCGGUGACCCAGAUAAUGGAGAUGCAGUCCAAGGUGUCUCGGCCGAUAAAACAGAUAUCAUAUGUCACGCCGGAGAUAACAUCUGUCAAGGCGGAAGCUUGAUCUUGAUGGCUCAUUUGACUUAUGGAAUGGAUACGAUGGCAGCAGCUGCAUUUGUUAAGAAGGCAGCCGGAUUGUGA